AUCACCACAUUUCCUGUUUAUAACUGAACAAAGUACACACAAAAGAGUUGAAGAAACAGAGGAGAAAAAAAAGACCCAAGUACUGAUAAAGAUAUAUGUCGGUGCUAUGCUGUUUCUAUCACAAGAGAGCAACGGCGCUUAGAAAAAAGGCUGGUGGGAGAAUUUUUAGGCUAUCCACCUGUUUCAUGGCUGCAUGUGGGCUCUUCUGAAAAGAGAAGCAUGUCAGGAAACUCUGGAUGCCCCUUUUUCCUCUGGGGACUUCUAGCCUUCUUGGGCUUGGCUCUGGUUAUAUCGGUGAUAUUCAAUAUCUCCCACUAUGUUGAGAAGCAGCGGCAACGAGAUAAAAUGUACAGAUACUAUGAUGACUACAUUCCAAGAGCUGAUGAAUAUUAUGUUGAAGAUACUCCAAUUUAUGGUAAUUUAGAUAACAUGGUCCCAGAGCCAAUGGAUGAGGGCUGCUACGAACAAAUGAAAGCCCGGCCACAGAGAUCUGCGAGUAACGUGCAUGAAGCCACUGCAUCUGCACAGGUACCUGCUGAAAGUCAGAUGUGCUAUGCCACACUGGAUCACAGCUUCAAGGGGAAACGCAGAAGGCCCCGGAAGCAGAAUGCUAAUUUCUCAGACAAAGAGAAGGAUGCACAAGGUUGUGCAAUGGAUGCCAGCAUUUCUCAGACCAGUUCGGUACCAGAUUUCUCAUCUGAUAACCAGGCCGUAGAAGAAAGUGUUCAUGAUGAUCCUGCAAGACUGUUUGGAUUGAUCCGUGCCAAGAGAGAACCUAUAGCCUAGCAGACAGUGAUCCAGCUCACUGAUAAUGACCCUGUCAGAGAUGGCUAAGAAAACAAGACCCUGGUGUGACACACAAGGACCGGCAGAAUGAUAGUCUGCUCAUUUGUUGAUGGGAUGGUAGCUUCCUUUUCUCAGAGAUUGUGUCUCCACACACCAAAUCUAAUGUAUUAAAAUUAGCUAUAUGAAUUCAUUAAAAAAUAUCCAAGUAGGAAAAGUAAAACAAUAAAAUCCAGUUUACAAAUUAAAUUACUUGUUAAAAAAGUCAAAAUGUAUAGCAAUACCUAAGAAAAUUUUAAAAAUCUAAAGUACAUAUGUGCCCUAGGACAUACUGAAGGAAAGAUAAAAGACAAUGUCUCAAAAUAUUAAUCAAUCAAACAUUUCCUCUUUCAUCAAUAUGAAAUAAUUAGAAAUUUUAAUAAUUUCUAAUAAUUAAAAGUACAUUGCUAAGAAAAGUAGGAUAAAUUGAGUAUUUUUCAAAUGUGUAAAUAGCAUAAUUAUUCAAACAUUGCUAUAAAAAUAGAUCCAUGUUCCUUAUAAAAAAUUUUUUUUAAGAAGAACGUAAAAAUUCUACUGCCAGCAAUAAUCAGCAUGAAUAACUUUGUGUCUGGUUUGUGGAUAGUUCACUGAGCUACCACCACGUAAAAGUAUUUGUUGUUCCUUUUUUUUAUUAUUUUAACUUAAAAGUAGAGUGUCAUGCAUGUUAUUUAAAUUUUCUUCAUUUAUCAAGAUGGUCUGGCUUUUUUUUCUACUGUGUCUACCUAUAGCAAAUGUUUUAAAAUGUGUCUGGUAAUGCUGUGAAGCAAAACCGGGGUCUUUUACAUGAAAGGCAAGUGCUCUAUCACUGAGCUUCAUCCCAAGUUUUGUCUCAUAAUUUUAAUGUCUGCAUUGUACCUCACUUAUGAUUAAAUCAGAAUUCAUUUAAAUAAUUUUGAAGGCUACUUAAAUUAAUUCAAGUUUUUAUUUUAUGUGCUGACAAAUGAUAUUUUAAUGAGAGCGCUCCAAGACAUGUCUGGAUACUUAUCUAGUUUUUUCUUUGUGUUGAGUCCCUUAAAGAAAAUUAAAUAUACUUAAAGAUAUGUGUUCAUAUUAUUAAUCUCCAAAGGACAGAUCUCUAGAAGAUCAGAUGUUGAGUUAAAUAUAUACAAACAUGCAGUUUAAAUUCUAAAAGAUUACCCCACAUUGUCUCCCAAACAGUUAACUCAAUAAGCCUCAGCAUGGGGUGAAGGUGCUUAGCUGUGAUCCCAGCAUGCAGGAGUCUGAGGCAGGAAGAGAGCCCUAUAAGUUCCAGGCUUUUUGGUCUGAAAGUGAAUUUCUGGUCAGCUUGGGCUAAGAGUGAAACCAUGUUUCAAAACAAACAAACGAAACAAAACAAUAACAAAAAACUAUUAUCAGGAACAAAACGACAUCUAUUGUCUUCCAUUGAGAAAGGAGGCUUGUUGGUAGUUUAUAAUAAUCAUAUUCAGCUUGUUAUAAUAUGUAUUUUAAAAGGUUACUUUGACAGAGAAAUGUGGAAACAACAUGCAUUUUUUUUUCCUUUUUGGUGGUGUGCUGUGGAUUUUCCAUACAUUCCAUUUUUUAUAGUACUUUUAAUUUUUAAAAGUUUUGAUGAAGUUAUUUAGUUUCCCCUUUCCCCUUCCUUCUUCUAAAACCUUCCCAUGCACCCCUUCUUGUUUUCUGCCAGGGAUCUCUUUUUCUUUCAUGUUGUUACAUAUAUGUAUGUGUGUAAUUGGAAAGCCCUACCUGUAUAAGGCUGUUUCUCCUACUCUGAACAGUUCCCAGGUGCCUAGAGUUGAGGCUCUGCAAGCUGUCCCCGCUCCAUGCUGGCAUGUCCAUUGGCAUCAAAAUUGUUCAGAUCUUGUUUAAUCAGUCAUGUUGAUGAGACCUCGUGGGUAUUACCUUUCUGAUGUCACAUGCUUUUAUUUAAAUUACCAUUUUUUAAAAAAAUAAUAAGUACCUUCAUAAUUUUCCACAUAGUUAGAAUGUCUAGACAUCUCCAGUUGUUCAGAUCCAUGCAGGAUUCUGUCUGACACCCCACAUUUCUUUAACUAUUGUUGCUGUCCAAGCCAAUGAGUGACAUAACUCCCUCGGCAUGCUGAGCAUCUGAAAAAGCCAUUGUUUAAAUCUUGAGAGAUAUUGUCACAGGUAAAAAAAAUUCCCAAGGUUGAGCGGACUAUGCUUCUUUGAACAAUUUGUACUUUUCCUUUUUUGGACACAUAGAUUCCAUCCAAAACUUUCCUGGUACCCUUGGUUUUAACUAUAUGGUUUUCUCUAUCAAAGCAGUUGGAUUUGAAGUAUAAUUUUCUUAAAAGAUUAAGUCAUCCUUCUAGAUUUGAGAUGCAGAACAAGAAGCACCUGUCUCCAUCUGAACAGUGUGGAUGUAUUUUUCAAUCAAUAAAUUUUGAAUUUCAACCAGAAA